ACACAUAGAGAGGAGUCAGAAAAUCAUCAGCCGCCUCUUUCACUUCAACCCUCCUUAAACCUCAUCUCUUUCCUACUCCGCCGAUCUCUCCGCCGUCUCCGCCGUCACUCCAUUUCUCUCGACCCCUCCAGGAGAAAUGGCUGGGAAGUCGAACAAAUCGAAGGCCAAGAGAGCAGCUCAGAGCUCUACCACCAAUUCUACUGAUGUUAAAUCAGAUGCUCCUGUCACUGCUCCGGUUACUGCCCCUGUUACUGCUCCUGCUACUACUCCGGUUACUGCUCCCGAUAACGGCACCGCCAAUGCUGUUGACUCUGCGGUGUCUGAAGCCAAUGAAGUUCCUCCUACGAUUCCUAAGGCUGACGAAAGUGAAGUACAAGUAGCAAGUAACGAUGCCCAACCCAAGCAAGGUGAACUCCGUCUUUAUCCUGUGUCUGUCAAAACACAAAGUGGGGGUAAAAUGGAGCUUCAAUUGAACCCUGGAGACUCUGUGAUGGAUAUAAGGCAGUUCCUCCUUGAUGCUCCAGAGACGUGCUACUUCACUUGUUAUGAGUUGUUACUCCGCAAUAAAGAUGGAGAGACUCAUCAUUUGGAAGACUACAAUGAGAUCUCUGAAGUAGCUGACAUCACCCUUGGUGGUUGCUCCUUGGAAAUGGUUGCAGCAUUGUAUGAUGAUAGAUCUAUCAGAGCACACGUUCACCGUGCCAGAGAUCUUUUGUCGCUUUCAACACUUCACUCUUCCUUAUCAACAACACUUGCCUUGCAGUAUGACGCAGCACUGAACAAAGUUCAGAACCCCGGAGAUAAACCAAAGUCUGACGUUCCAGAGCUGGAAUGUUUGGGUUUUAUGGAAGAUGUGCCUGGCUCUCUCAAGAAGUUAAUAAAUUCUACAUCAGAAGAGAUCAAAUCUGUGGAAAACAUUGUGUUCUCAUCGUUCAACCCUCCUCCAAGCCACAGAAGGCUUGUAGGAGAUUUAAUAUAUUUGGAUGUUGUGACCUUGGAAGGUAACAAGCACUGCAUUACAGGCACAACCAAAACAUUUUAUGUUAAUUCCAGCUCAGGGAAUAUUCUCGAUCCAAGGCCAAGUAAAUCUGGACAUGAAGCAGCUACGCUGAUUGGACUAUUGCAAAAACUUAGCUCUAAGUUUAAAAAAGCUUUCCGUGAAGUCAUGGAAAAGAAAGCCUCUGCUCAUCCGUUUGAAAAUGUCCAAUCGCUUUUGCCACCACACUCAUGGCUAAGAACUUAUCCAGUACCCGAUCACAAGCGUGAUGCAGCGAGAGCAGAAGAAGCACUUACCAUUUCAUAUGGUAGUGAGUUAAUUGGCAUGCAGAGAGAUUGGAACGAAGAGUUGCAAUCUUGCAGAGAGUUCCCUCACACUUCUCCUCAAGAGAGGAUCUUACGUGACAGGGCACUUUACAAAGUGUCUUCUGAUUUUGUCGAUGCAGCGCUUAACGGAGCUAUUGGUGUAAUCAGCCGAUGUAUACCACCCAUAAACCCAACUGAUCCAGAGUGUUUGCACAUGUAUGUGCACAACAACAUCUUUUUCAGUUUUGCUGUUGAUGCCGACAUUGAACAGCUCUCCAAGAAACGUCCAUCUAAUCAAGUGAUGGAGAAGGUGUCCUCAUCUGAAAAGGUUUCAUGCACAGAUGCAACCUGCGAGAAUGAAGAGCAUAACAGCUGUAAUGAGGCGCCGCUUGUUGAAAAUGAACAGGCAACGUAUGCCUCUGCAAACAAUGAUUUGAAAGGCACAAAGUUAUAUCAAGAAGCAGAUGUCCCAGGGCUAUAUAAUCUGGCAAUGGCCAUUAUUGAUUACAGAGGUCAUAGGGUUGUUGCUCAGAGUGUUCUACCGGGAAUCCUUCAAGGGGAUAAAUCAGAUGCGCUUUUGUAUGGUUCAGUCGAUAAUGGCAAGAAAAUAUGCUGGAAUGAAGAUUUUCAUGCUAAGGUGCUUGAGGCUGCAAAGCUUCUUCACAUUAAGGAACAUUCUGUUAUUGAUGCAUCCGAAACUGUCUUCAAGUUGGCUGCACCUGUAGAGUGCAAGGGGAUUGUUGGGAGUGAUAACAGACAUUAUCUCUUGGACUUGAUGAGAGUGACGCCUCGUGAUGCCAAUUAUACGGGUCCAGAGUCCCGCUUUUGUGUCCUAAGACCAGAACUGAUCACAUCAUUUUGCCAGGCCGAAUCAUUGGAAAAAUCAAAAUUGAAAUCCAAGGCUGAUGAAGGGGCGGAUGAUUCUUCUAAUGUUAGUGCUGAUACUUCUAAAGUUGGUGAUGCAUUGAUCGAUGGAGAGGAAAAUGGGGCUUCAAAUUCUGAUCAGAAAACUAUUUCAGACAAGCAAAAUACCACCGCCGAAGAUUCUGCAGCCGGGUUGUCUGAAAGUUCCAAAUCAUGUGAUGAAAUAGCAUUUAACCCCAAUGUCUUCACUGACUUCACAUUAGGUGGCAAUCAAGAGGAGAUAGCUGCUGAUGAAGAAAAUGUGAAGAAAGUUAGCUCAUACCUUGUGGAUGUGGUUCUUCCAAAAUUUAUAGAAGAUCUUUGCACUCUCGAAGUUUCUCCAAUGGAUGGUCAGACUUUGACUGAAGCACUCCAUGCUCAUGGUGUUAAUGUUCGUUACAUUGGAAGAGUUGCUAAUGGGGUGAAGCAUUUGCCUCAUUUGUGGGAUCUUUGUCUGAAUGAGAUUACUGUAAGAUCCGCGAAGCACAUUUUGAAGGACAUUCUAAGAGACAUAGAGGAUCAUGAUAUUGGAUCAGCAGUCUCACAUUUCCUCAAUUGUUUCUUUGGAAACUAUCAAGCUGCUGGGGGAAAAGCUAGUGCCAAAAAUCAAAAGAAGGAUCAACCCAUCACAAAGAAGGGUCAAGGAAGAGGGAAGGGAAAAUCUUCUUCAAAGAAAAGCUUUUCAUCGUAUAUGAUGGUUGACUCCAACAUUCUAUGGUCUGACAUUCAGGAAUUUGCCAAAGCGAAAUAUGAGUUUGAGUUGCCCGAGCUAUCAAGAACUACGGCUAAAAAAGUAUCUGUUCUUCGUAAUCUUUGCCAAAAGGUUGGUGUCAGUAUUGCUGCACGCAAAUACGACUUCAGUGCAACCUCGCCUUUUGAGACGUCAGAUAUUUUGGAUCUUCGGCCCGUAAUUAAGCACUCUGUCCCUGUAUGCUCUGAGGCUAAAGAUCUUGUUGAGAUGGGAAAGGUCCAACUGGCUGAGGGCAUGCUUAGUGAAUCCUACACGUUCUUUUCAGAGGCAUUUUCGAUACUUCAACAGGUGACUGGUCCAAUGCAUAGGGAAGUUGCAAACUGCUGCAGGUACCUGGCCAUGGUUUUGUACCAUGCAGGAGAUAUGGCUGGGGCCAUAAUGCAGCAACACAAGGAACUCAUUAUUAAUGAGCGAUGCCUUGGUUUAGACCAUCCUGAUACUGCCCAUAGCUAUGGCAAUAUGGCUCUUUUCUACCAUGGACUGAAUCAGACAGAACUUGCUCUACAGAACAUGGGUCGAGCCUUGCUUCUCCUUGGCCUUUCAUCUGGCCCUGAUCAUCCAGAUGUUGCAGCUACAUUUAUAAAUGUUGCCAUGAUGUAUCAAGACAUGGGCAAAAUGGACACAGCUCUACGUUAUCUUCAAGAGGCUUUGAAGAAAAAUGAGAGACUUCUUGGUCCUGAACACAUUCAGACUGCAGUAUGCUACCACGCUCUUGCCAUUGCGUUCAACUGUAUGGGCGCAUUCAAGCUCUCACACCAGCAUGAGAAGAAAACCUACGACAUACUUGUAAAACAAUUGGGAGACGAUGAUUCUAGGACACGAGACUCUCUAAACUGGAUGAAGACGUUUAAGAUGCGUGAGCUUCAGAUGACUGCACAAAAGCAGAAAGGACAGGCAGCCAAUGCGGCCAACACACAAAAGGCUAUCGAUCUCCUAAAGGCACAUCCAGACCUGAUACAUGCGUUCCAAAACGCAGCAGCUACUGGGAGGUCAAAUGCACUGAACUCGGCUGUCCUUGGGGAGCCUCAACCACGGGGCAGAGGUUUUGAUGAAAGAGCAGCUCGUGCUGCAGCUGAAGUUAGGAAGAAAGCAGCUGCUAAGGGGCUACUGGUUCGCCCUCAGGGUGGUGUUCCAGUUCAAGCGAUGCCACCACUCUCUCAACUCCAAAACAUGAUCAAUACCGCCACAGAUUCGUCUGAGAAAGGUGGAGAAAAUGGGGAAGCAAAGGUACAAGAGAAGAAAGAAUCCUCUGAAAAUGGGAAAACAGAAAACUUGGCUCCUGCAGGAUUGGGUGCUGGUUUAACAUCUUUGGAUAGGAAGAAGCAAAAAGCCAAAAAAUAAGAAAAAGUAGGAAUCUUGAAGGAAAAUGGUGCUCAAAGAAAGUACACGAUUCUAAGUAGUGAAGUUGGUUUUUGUCUCAGGAAGUCGAUAAACCACAUGCUGAUUUCAUUACAUGACAACACCUUUGUACCUUAAGCUUUGUUUUUCUUCUCAUUCUGUUACAAUGAUUUGGGUAAGUCCCGCUUCCAGGUAUGUCUGGCUUUUUCCUUUUUUUUCUUUUCCCCUCACUUUUCUGCGGGUGUAAUUUUAUCCCAAAAAAACUUCAUUGAUUUUCUAGUAACUGGAAUAAGCUCACAGUUCACGCUUAUAAUUAACCUCGCAGCCUUACUAUUUUUGUUCUUUACACUAUAACUCUUGACUUGGUUUCUGGUGUGUUUAGAGGCACACUUUAUACUAAACUCGUUUAUGAUCAUCUACCAUCAUUAUGAUGCGCAAUGUGGCUUGUAGCGAUGUUGUCAAUGGCAAAAAGUGUAUAUCAACCUUUUAAGUUUAAGUCUGCCACGACCCUAAUCUAGCGGGGACAGCCUAGCACUUGAUAACGGUUAAGUGCAGACCGGGGCAUAGCCGGCAAGCUCAGUCAUGACCUCUGAAACAUUAAGGCAUAGUCAGGAUAGGACUUUAAGAAAGUCGGUCAGUUUCAACCUUCACAACUGUUCUAUAGGCAUAAUGUUUAUAGGCCCAAAAUUCAGGCCUUGAUAAGGCCCAAUUAUCCACAGAGGUUAGAAGUGAGACACGGCUAAAUGGAUAAUGUCGACGACACUCAGAACACCUUCUUCCUUAUCGACACCUUCACUCUCUCCGACAAUGGCGACUUUCCUGACAAAUGUUGUUUCAAUCAAACCUACAAUCUUCUCAUUCCAGUCCGAAUCCUUCACCCCUUUGCAGACGCGGGCCAAUGUAUUCUCCUCGAAACCCUUUCAUUCUCUCGCCGGAACCUUCUCCCGGAGCUCUAGAACGAGAUUCAUUCCUUAUGCUGUAACGGAGACGGAAGAAAAACCCGCCGCUUUGGACCCUAGUUCCGAAGCCGCCAGGCGUGUCUAUAUCGGUAACAUACCAAGGACAGUGACCAAUGAGCAGCUCACUAAACUUGUUGAAGAACACGGUGCUGUUGAAAAAGUUCAGGUGAUGUAUGAUAAGUAUUCAGGACGAAGCCGCCGGUUUGGAUUUGCUACUAUGAAAUCAGUUGAAGAUGCUAAUGCUGUGGUUGAGAAAUUGAAUGGCAAUACCGUUGAAGGGCGUGAGAUAAAGGUUAACAUUACAGAGAAACCUAUAGCAUCAUCAUCUCCUGAUUUAUCACUGCUUCAGUCUGAAGAUUCAGCAUUUGUAGAUAGCCCUUACAAAGUGUAUGUAGGAAAUCUAGCAAAGACUGUUACAAAGGAGAUGCUUGAGAAUUUGUUUUCUGAGAAAGGGAAAGUAGUAAGUGCCAAAGUUUCAAGAGUACCUGGAACUUCGAAAUCCACCGGGUUUGGAUUCGUUACGUUUUCUUCAGAAGAAGAUGUGGAAGCUGCCAUUUUGGCUCUUAACAAUUCGUUGCUGGAAGGACAGAAGAUUCGGGUGAAUAAGGCGUAAGCAGAUGGGAUUAUAAAGAAUGUGAAAAGAAUCGGUUUGAAGAGUUUUGUAAUGCAAAUCUUAGAGCAUAGUAUAUCAAUCAUCUUGUAUUCAUUCCAAGUUGAAAAUGAAACCAUAUCUUUUCAAAAGCUUAUAGUUGUGUAAUCUGAUUUCUAGUCAGUGUAAAGAGCCCCAAGCUAAAUUUAUCUCCGCCCAAGUUUCAUU